AUGUUGUGCCUUCUGCUUCUGCUCAUCGGGUUUAUCGGGCUCCAGACAGACAAUAAUUCUGAAAGACUACGUGUGCAAAUUACCAUUCCGGAGAAAAUAGGGUCAACGUCAAAUGGAGGAGUUGAAUCACACGUGUCCUACCACGUUGUAAUUGAAGGGAAAACAUACACUGUGAACCUAAGGCAAAAACCUUUUUUACCUCAUAAUUUUAGAGUUUAUGGUUAUGAUGGUGCAGGAAGUAUGAAAGCUCUUGAACAACAAUUUCAGAAUUUUUGCUACUACCAAGGGUAUAUUGAAGGUUAUCCAAACUCAGUGGUGAUCGUUAGCACAUGUACUGGACUCAGGGGCAUACUGCAGUUUGAAAAUGUAAGUUAUGGAAUCGAGCCCUUGGAGCCUUCAAUUGGUUUUGAACAUGUGAUUUAUCAAGUAAAACAUAAGGAUGCAGGUGUUUCUUUAUAUGCUGAGAAGGACAUUGAGUCAAGAGAAGUGCCCUAUAAAAUACAAAGUAUAAAGCCACUUGCAGAAUUCUCUUGGUAUAUAGAAAUGCAUCUUGUAGUUGAAAAAAAAUUGUAUAAUCAUAUGGGUUCUGACACAACUGUUGUCAUUCAAAAAAUUUUCCAGUUGAUUGGACUGACCAAUGCUAUCUUCACUUCAUUUAAUAUUACAAUAAUUCUAUCUUCACUGGAGCUUUGGAUAGAUGAAAACAAAAUUUCAGUAACUGGAGAUGCUAAUGAAUUAUUACACAGAUUUUUAAAGUGGAAAAAAUCUUAUCUUGUUUUGCGUCCACAUGAUGUGGCAUUUUUACUUGUUUACAGAGAAAAAUCAAAUUAUGUUGGUGCAACCUUUCAAGGGAAGAUAUGUGAUAGACAAUAUGGAGGAGGUGUUGCUCUGCAUCCCAGAACCAUAAGUCUGGAAUCACUUGCAGUUAUUAUAGCUCAGCUACUGAGUAUCAGUAUGGGGAUAGCCUACGAUGACAUUAACAAAUGCCAGUGCUCAGGAGCUGUCUGCAUAAUGAACCCAGAAGCAAUUCAUUUCAGUGGUGUGAAGAUCUUUAGCAACUGCAGCCUGGAAGAUUUUGCACAUUUUAUUUCAAAGCCAAAGUCCCAAUGUCUUCAAAAUCAACCACGUUUAGAUCUAUCAUACAAAGUUGCGGAGUGUGGUAACAAACAAGUGGAACAAGGAGAAGAAUGUGACUGUGGGAGUGAAGAGGAGUGUGCUAUGGACCCACACUUAUGCUGUGAGGCUUCUACAUGUAGACUAUCACGUGGUUCAGACUGUGCUGAUGGACUAUGCUGUUCUCAGUGUAACUUUAUGGCAAAAGGAGAAGAAUGUAGGACUUCCUUUGGUGAAUGUGAUCUCACUGAAUAUUGCAAUGGAUCAUCUGCAUCAUGUCAAGAUGACCUUUAUGUUCAGAAUGGGCAUCCAUGUGGAGAGAAUCAAUGGAUCUGUCUGGAUGGAAAAUGUGUGAGUGGGACAAACCAAUGUGUGGAUAUACUUGGUGAAGGUGCAGAUUUUGGUCCUGAAGAGUGUUUUACUUACCUUAACUCUAAGGCUGAUCAAUCUGGGAACUGUGGUUCAGGUCCUUCAGGAUACACACAGUGUCAAUCUAAGGAUCUGCCAUGUGGAAAAUUAAUAUGUAAAUAUGAAAAUGAACUUAUAAUUAAUAUUCCAAAUGCCACUGCUAUUUAUAGCAAUAUAAAUGGGCACAUCUGUGUUGCAUUGGAGUUUCCACAUGAUUAUACAGAGAGCCCAAAGAUGUGGGUAAAAACUGGAACUGUUUGUGGUGAAAAUAAGGUUUGCAAGAAUAAGGAAUGUGUAGAUGCUGGAUACUUGAAUUAUGACUGUACUCCAGGAAAAUGCAGCAAUCACGGUACAUGCAAUAAUAAAAAGAACUGUCACUGUAACCCUACAUUUUUACCUCCAAAUUGUGAAAAUGUAGAUGAAUCAUGGCCUGGUGGGAGUGUUGACAGUGGCAAUUAUCCACCUGGACCAAGAGCUCUCAUACCCCCUUAUGAAAGGCGCUUUAUUGCGAAUGCUUACCAUCCCAAAGCUACAAGAUGGCCAUUUUUCUUACUCAUUCCUUUUUGCAUUGUUCUUUGUGUACUGAUUGUUGCACUGGUAAAAGUUUAUUUCCAAAGAAAAAAAUGGAGAACUGAGGAGUAUACAAGCGAUGAGCAACUUGAAAGUGAGAGUGAACCCAAAGAGUAG